AUGGUCGUAGUCAUGAUACCGGGCCUGGGUUUCUUGUACUCAGGCCUAGCCCGGCGGAAGUCAGCGUUAUCCAUGAUUUGGGUCUGCAUGAUGUCGAUAUCGAUCAUCACUUUCCAAUGGUAUUUCUGGGGUUACUCGCUGGCAUUUUCGGCACAAGCCACGAACGGUUUUAUCGGUGAUCUCAAGCAUUUCGGUCUCAUGUACACUCUUGCCGCACCAAGUCCUGGCAGUCCAUUGAUUCCAGAGCUGUUGUACGCCUUCUACCAGAUGCAAUUCUGCGCAACCACAGCCGCCAUCACAGCUGGUGCUGUCGCCGAGCGUGGCCGCGUCCUCCCGUGGUGCGUGUUCUGCUUCUGCUGGGCCACAAUCGUCUAUUGCCCGAUUGCCUGCUGGGCGUGGAACAUCAACGGUUGGGGCUUCAAAUAUGGUGUCCUCGAUUAUGCUGGUGGUGGCCCCGUCGAAAUCGGCUCCGGCAUGUCUGCAUUGGCCUACAGCUUGGCUCUCGGCAGGCGACAGGAAAAAAUGAUGGCUAAUUUCCGUCCUCAUAACGUCUCUUUGAUCGUGCUCGGCACAGUCUUCCUUUGGUUCGGUUGGUUAGGCUUCAAUGGAGGAUCGGCCUUCGGCGCCAACUUGAGAGCUGUCCAAGCUUGCUGGAACUCGAACUUGACUGCCAUGUUCGGCGCCAUCACCUGGGUUCUGCUCGAUUGGAGACUCGCCAGGAAAUGGUCUAUGGUCGGUUGGUGCUCCGGCGCCAUCUCUGGUCUCGUUGCAGCCACCCCUGCAUCUGGUUACUGCACGGCUUGGGGGUCCGUCAUUCUCGGCGUUGUGACAGGCAUCGUAUGCAAUUACGCAACAAAGAUCAAAUACUGGAUCAAGAUUGAUGACACCAUGGACGUUUUCGCUGAGCACGGUAUCGCUGGUAUGUUGGGCCUUUUGGCCAAUGCCUUCUUCGGUGCCGCCUAUGUCAUCGGUCUUGAUGGUGUUAAUUCUGGCAUCAUCACCGGAGGCUGGAUCGAUCACAACUGGAGACAACUCUAUGUACAGAUUGCGUAUAUUCUCGCCGCCACUGGCUGGGCUUUCUGCGUGAGCUACGCUCUUGCCAUGGGCAUCAACUACAUCCCCGGUCUGAAGCUCCGAGCCAGCGACGAGGCAGAGCUUCUAGGUAUGGAUGAUGAUCAGCUCGGCGAGUUUGCCUAUGACUACGUUGAGGUCCGCCGAGAUUACUUGGCAUGGACUCCUGCCAAGGCAGAGCCGACCGGUGAUGCCAACAUCCCGCAGCAUGAGAGACACGGUGUUGGUCAGCACUCCGACAUGCUGGUCGGCAAAGCACCAAGCAGCGAUCAGAGUUCAAAUGGCAUGGAGCACACCGGCAUCGGUGGCGACAGACAUGGUAUGGCUGUCGAGGAGAAAGAAAAAGUCAAGCAUUGA